CGGAAAGGGAAAUGUUUAAUUUCAUGAAGAAAGGUGUAUCUGUGGCCAGCAGCAAUGCCAGUGAUAGAGAAAAGGCUGAACGGGAAGAGAAGGAGAAGAGAAAACGCGAAAAGAAGUUAAGAAAAGAUGGAAAAACUGCAAUUGGAGGAGUUUCGGGCAGUAUGAGCACCGAGGAGUUGCUUCGUUUGGAUGAGGUUCGACGGUCCUUGAAGAUACGAGGACGACGAAAGGAAAAGGAAAAACUUCCAAGUGGAAUAACAGCUGAUUACAGCGCUGAGUUUUUUGCGGCUUUAAAUGCCGAUUCAGUCAGUAAUGAGCUGGAUCGUGGCAAUGAAGAAAUUGUAGCAUCUGUACAUACUACCAUUGAGAGUCGUUAUAACGGCAAUGGAACACCGACUAGCAAACAUUCCAUAAGUGAGUCACUCACAUUCAGCAGUUCUGGAAAUGAUUUGGCCAAGAGCCGUUUUAUGCUUCCGGUUCCGCCUAAACCCCCAAAACGUGGCAUACUUAAGGGUUCGCGUAGCAAUAUUAGCAACAUACACGAGGAAAUAACUAUUGCUUCUCCCGAUGCACUCAUACGCAAUACAAUGCAAAACGAACUCUUAUUUGACGGCACUCGCAGCAUGGGUGGUGCCGGCUCCAUUGGUUCUAGUUCCAGUCAACAUGGAACAUCUUUCACCUCAGUAGAAAGUUUGCGUAGUGAUGAGGGCGGCAUACAACGAGCUAUGACACUUCCGACCAAUGCCCGUUAUACCUCCCCUCACAUACAAUCUCAAGGGAAUCUCCGCGUUUUGACGUCACCAUCUCCUAGCGCAGAUAGUCUUACAGAUACUACAAAUUCAUCAUUUGCCACGCCGCCGUUUUCGUUAAGCCCCAUCGGAGAGUCUCAGGGCAUGGAACGUUGGUCCCGUGUGCAGAAUUUCGAAGAUACGGAUCUACCAUUGCCGCCAAUAAAGCUGGUUAAACUACCACCUCCAAGGACAUUGAUCAUACGGCGACAGAAGUCUCCCCGGCAGGACUUUGGAUUCAGUCUCCGAAAGGCCAUGUGCUUAGACCGCUCAGAAUCUCUGUCAAAUCCAAUAUUUAAGCCGGUUAUAUUUGCAGAACCAGGUGCUGGUGGCGGUUCCACAGGCCUUCUGCCGGGUGAUCGUUUACUUAAAGUAAACGGCACAUCUGUUUGUGAUUUAUCGCGUGAAAUAAUAAUAGAAAUGAUCCGCAAUAGUGGCGACUCUGUCACCGUAGAAGUACAGCCAGUUUCAGAAUUAGUUGAAUUAAGUCGACGAUGCAUGCCCCAAAAUAAUACAAAUGGUGAUGAUGAAGAUUCUGAUCGUUCUAUAAUAAAUACGGAUAAUUGCAACACUUUAAAGCGCAGUGCUAGUAAACGCAUUAAGGUAAAGUCCCGAUCUCGCAAUGGAAAUGUAUUUCUGCAUGAAGGUUCACAAGAUGGCUGUGCUGCGAUGGAAGAUAAUAAGAACAACGGUGGCGGUGAUCGAGUAUGGCUGGUGCAUCGUGGAGGAUUCUGUUCCGCUUUGCGUCUGCCUCAAACCAAGGCCCACAUAGAAACUCACAAGGUGGUGAUACAACUACUGCAUAAUGGCGAAGAAAUGACUGUGGACGAAGAUGACAUUGAGAAGCAAAAUGAUUCCACAUUAGAUUUGGUUGAAGACAUUUGCGAGCUGAAGCACUUGAACGAGGCGUCCGUAUUGCACUGCCUACGUCAACGAUUUGCCAGUAAUUUAAUACAUACCAAAGCGGGGCCCACAUUAUUAGUGGUCAACCCAAUGGCGCCUUUGUCAUUGUACUCAGAAAAGGUUGUUUCCAUGUUCCGUGGUUGCAAAACUGAAGAUAUGCCCCCACACAUAUAUUCCUUGGCUCAAACCGCCUACAGGGCUAUGCUAGAGACACGUCGGGAUCAAAGUCUAAUAUUUAUGGGACGUUCUGGUUCGGGGAAGACGACAAGUUUUAAGCAUGCACUAUACUAUUUGGCAUUAGCAGCAGGGUCGGUUAACAACUUCCUCAAUGCGGAAAAAGUGAAUUCUAUCAACAUUAUUUUGGAAUCAUUUGGCAAUACGAAGACCUGCUUAAAUUCCAACGCAACAAGGAUGACCCAGUUGUUAAGUUUAGACGUUGAUCAGUCUGGACAAAUAGCGUCGGCUUCCUUGCAGGUAUUGCUGCCAGAGCGCCAAAGAGCUGGUCGACGCCUAAAUAAUGAGUACAGUUUCCACAUUAUGUCUCGUCUACUGGCUGGUGCAGCUGGAUCUCUACAAAAGGAACUUUACAUUGAUAGCUUACCAGCUGAAGAUAACCAUCCGUUUGUAUCAUUGUCUCAAAAAUUGGAGGACCGUCAAAGAGCAGCCGCCGAUUUUAUGCGCACCACACUGGCAUUCGAAACUUUGAAUAUUGAUCCGAAAGCUGUUAAGGGUAUUUGGAGUAUAUUGGCUUCCAUAUAUCAUUUGGGCUUGGCUGGCGUUACUGUCGUAGGUAGUGGCACCAAUGCUCGUACACAGUUUGCCAAUCCCUCAGCUGCACGAAAGGCUGCCCUUUUACUGGGAGUUUCAUUUGAAGAUUUGGCCGGGGCAGCUUUUAAUGUUAAUACGGCGGGCAGCACAAGUCCUUCUAAGGCAUCUAUGGAUAGUUUGGAGCUAGCUUGGGAAUGUUUAGAUGCAUUGGUAAUAGGCCUUUACUCUGAGGCGUUAGCGGCGGUCGUGGCACUCAUAAAUAAAACUAUUUGCACGGCUUCGCAUACAAUUGCUUCAGUAGUUCUGGUUGACACUCCUGGAUUUCAAAAUCCAGCAAGUUGUGGAUCACAAAUCGGAGCAACUCUAUCCGAUUUGAAGCAUAACUAUUUACAGGAGCGUUUACAGUUACUUUUCCAUCACAAUACUUUGGUGGCACCAAGGGAUCGUUAUGCCCAAGAAUUAGUCGAAAUUGACACGGAAUGUGUAUCUGAAUUAAGUCCAGCGCCGUUGGUUGCACUGAUUGAUAAAGCGCCACAAAACCACGUAGUUCGUUCAUCACAGAGAGACUUGAGGGAACAGGACCGUCGAGGUCUGUUGUGGCUUUUAGAUGAGGAGUCUAUGUACCCCAACUCAAAUGAUGACACAUUCCUUGAGCGAUUGUUUUCGCACUAUGGAGACCGAGAGCAUCAAACGCUUAUGCGCAAAUGUACCGGGCCGAAACAAUUUAUACUGCAGCAUUUACAAGGCACAAAUCCUGUAUUGUACAGUGUAAAUGGUUGGGUGCGAAAUAGUCGCGAACAUCCAGCCAUACGCAAUGCUGGAUCUCUGCUACAGGACUCUUCACGAGACGAAAUAAGUCGUCUCUAUAUAGGAUCUUUGACUCGUAGCUCUGGUGGUAUUGUAUUUUGUGGAUCAUUUGCAGGCCUCGAAGGUACUCAGUCAUUACGCCGAGUUUCGAGUAUUCGCAGAUCAUUCACCUCGGCCGGAGUAAAACGAAAUUCCAUUAUGUUGCAAGUGAAAUUUACAGUGGACGGUAUCAUUGAUACAUUGCGUCGAACUGGCACCCACUUUGUUCAUUGUUAUCUACUUCAGCAUAAUGCUGGACAACAUUCCUGCCUCUCGGUUAGCGGUUCACCAAACACAUCGGCAAUACAAAAUACUAAAGAAGAUCUUGUCAAUAUUCCGCUGCUCAGAAGCCAACUGCGAGGUUCGCAGGUUUUGGAUGCUGCCAGGUUACAUCGAUUGGGAUUUCCUGAAUCUGUACCUCUUGCCGAGUUCGUGAGACGGUUCGGCCUUUUAGCUGGCGAGGGUAGCAAAGAUGUUGUUAUUGAACAAAUUUUAUCAGCGAACGAAAUCGAUCCUGCAACAUAUCGAAUUGGUCCAAGUCAGAUUCUAUUCCGCUCUGGUGUUCUGAGUGAACUGGAAGCAAAACGAGACGAAUUACUAUCGGAUCGCAUAAUACAGUUACAGGCCUAUUGUCGGGGCUAUAUUGCACGCCGGGCAAUGGCCCAAAGAAGAGUUCAGGAGUUGGCGGUCCGUUGUAUACAGCGAAAUGUAAAAGCUUUCUUAGCUGUUCGAGAUUGGCCAUGGUGGCGACUGUUGGUGCGUGUCACUCCCUUAUUGAAUGUCCAUCGUACCGAAGAACAAUUAAAGUCAGCCAACGAGGAGCUAGUUGCUUUGAGAGCCAAGCUGGAAAGAAUUGAGAGUGAUCGACACGAAUUGAAGACUGAGAAUCAAAAGCUUGAAGCUAAGUUAUCUGAAAUGGCUGUGGAUUUGGCUGAGGAGCGAUCAGCGGCCAAUAUGGCAACUGAGCGGCUGGAAGGCGAGACCGCUGAACGCCUGCGCCUGGAAAAGGAGCUAUCCGAAAAGGAAAACAAGGUCAAGAAAUUGCAGGAGACUACAGAGAAGUUAGAAAUGGAGUUAAUCUGUGCAAAAUCCGACCUAAAUGGCAUAUCGGAAGAGGAGGAUAUCGAUAACGAAGAAAACGGUUCUGCAGGCGGUGUCUACAAGCUGAAAUAUGAACGAGUAGCAAAGGAAUUGGAAUUCACCAAGCGUCGUCUCCAAACACAGCACGAGCAUGACCUGGAACAGUUGAUAGGUUUGAAGAAACAAUUGGAAAAGAAGCUCAACGAUGCCUACGAGGAGGUAGAAGAACAGCGUCAAGUGGUGGGCCAAUGGAAACGUAAAGCCCAGAAAAUGACAAACGAAAUGAAUGAUUUGCGCAUGUUGUUGGAUGAGCAGAAUGCCCGAAAUAACCUAUUGGAGAAAAAGCAACGGAAAUUCGAUUCCGAAUGUCAAGCAUUGCAGGACACUGCCCGGCAAGAACGUCAAGCCAAAGACCGUUUAUCAAGAGAAAAGGAUAUACUAAUUGCAGAGAAAUUUACUCUGGAACAAUCAUUGGCAGACACUCGUCUUGAGCUCGAUCUCAAGGAGGAGAAGUUGGCUUCACUGCAGCGAGAAUUGGAAGAAAUGACUUUUGGCGGUGGCACUGAGGAGGAGAUAGCCCAACUGAGGCGCUCCAAAAAUGAAUUGGAUCGCAGAGUGAAGGAACAGGAGGAAGAGUUGGAUGAAAUGGCGGGUCAAGUGCAGUUACUGGAACAAGCAAAACUUCGCUUGGAAAUGACAUUGGAAACGAUGCGGAAGGAGGCACGCCGAGAGGCUCAACAGAGGGAUGAAGAGCUUGAGGAGGCUCGCGGCUGUGCCUACAAGAAAAUUAAAGCUUUGGAAUGUCAAUUAGAAACGGAGCACGAAGAAAGAACACUGCUGUUGAGGGAAAAACACGAACUCGAAAGACGUUUAGCUUCGAUGGAAGAUCAGGAUCGUGUUGAUCGCCAAGCCGAAGAGGCGGCAAAUCAAAAACUACGCCGCGACUUGCGCAAAUACAAGGCACUGCUAAAAGACGCCCAUGCUCAAUUGGAAAGAUUGAAGGCCGAUACUCCGGGAAAAACGUUGAUUAGACAGCUGCGUAACCAACUGGAAGAUGCUGAGUCUGCCCGGACACUGGCCAUGAAAGCACGUCAGACCGCUGAAGCGGAAUUGGCCGAAAUGCAGGCAAUGUACGAGGAAUCCAACAGGGCGCGCAAUGAGGCCGAAGAUCGCGCAACUGCGGCCCAACGGGAGCGAGGCGAACUCCAGACUCAAAUAGAGGAGAAUGAAGAAGAAUUGGCCGAACUUAUGAAAAAGUACAGUGCCACAGUUAAGCAGCUUAACACAGAACAGAUUGCAGCAUCUGAAUAUGAAUUUAAGCUGUCUGAAUUGGAGGCGGAACGCAAUAGUCUUAAAGAGCAAGUAAGCGAGCUACAGCAUAGAUUGGAAAAUAUUGAAAAUCUGGCCGAUCCCUCAGCGGCAAUGAAUUCCAAACGGUUGGAACUACGUUCGAAGGAGUUAGAGUCACGAUUAGAUUUGGAACAGGCCACAAGGUCGCGGCUCGAAGUCCAAGUAAAUCGUCACAAAGAAGCAAUAGAAAGACUACAAAAUGAAUUAUCACAAUCAAAGGUCAGAGAACUACAGGCGCAAGAUGCACUCAAGAAAUCGCAAAAAAGUUUACGGGAAUUGCGUGAAGAGUUCCAUGCUGUUUCUGGUAGAGAGCAGGAGUCGAUAGCAAAACGCAAAGAUUUAGAAAAGAAAGUCGAACAAGUGGAAGCAGAGGCUUCUGCUUUAAGAAAUGACUUACGACUUGCUCUGCAGCGUAUAGCCGACCUGCAACAGGCUAUGGAAGAAGGCGACGAAGAUUUGUCGGAUAGUGAGGAUUCUCGCAGCUCGGAUGGAUCCAUUAGUGAUUUGGAGGAACGCCUUAAGCCCAUUCAAACGCGAAGGCAAUCAUUACAGAAACACAAUGGUGGCCCCACUGUCAGCACCACAACAACAUUGGUGCGUGAGAAAUCAGAGAAUAGUCCAAGAAUCACACUGACCUCACCUUCCUCGCCCCACAUACACAAGCAGGCUCUUUUGGCCUCAAGGUCAUCCGAUGAUCAUCCCAUACAGUCUUUGCUAAUCAAAGACAAGCAUCUUUUAAAAGUGUCAUCAAGUUAA